AUGUCCAACUACAUUGACUGUGACAUAACUCUUUGCUGUGUUCUCCACUGGCCGCCACCUCAGGGUACCCGGCCUAGGCUGGGAACUGUGAAGGUGACCACCCUGGAGAAGACCCGUCGCAGCAGGAUUGAACCCAGUUUGGAAAUGGUGCCGGAGUUUCGGGAAAGGAAGGACGCCGCCCUCCAGUGGCAUCGGCCCCUCUGCUCUCCUUGCGACUGCCCACAGAGGGUGGUGGACCCUGCUCUCCAGGAGGGGAUGGAGAAGAAGAGCUCAGGGUGCUGUGAGGCCCCGAAGAAGCGGGGUCUGUCCUUCUCCAUCGAGGAGAUAUUAAAGAGGCCAGCUGAGAGGAGCGAUGUGGUCCGGCCGGAAGGGGCAGGUGGACAGGGCCCCAAGCAAGCGGCCGCUGCAGAUUCCGGGCCAGAGAGACCCCCGCAGGACCAAGCCCAAGAGGAGAGGAAGGGCAAGCGGAGGAUCCGAACCACCUUCACCACAGAGCAACUGCAGGAGCUGGAGAAGAUCUUCCACUUCACCCACUACCCCGACGUCCACAUCCGCAACCAGCUGGCGGCCAGGAUCAACCUCCCAGAAGCUCGGGUGCAGAUCUGGUUCCAGAAUCAGCGAGCCAAGUGGCGGAAGCAGGAGAAGACCUGCAGCCUUGGGGCUUCGAAGCUGCUGAGUGAGGCCGACUUGGCCCCGCCCACAACCCCGGAGAUGGCCGGCCGCCUGCUGCCGCCCCCUGCACCACUCAGGCUGGCUCCGCCCACAGGGUGCUAUCCACCGGCUCAAGGUCAGCUGGCCCCUGCGUGGCUCCCCACCCAGAUCGCCCUCCUCCCAUGCCACCCAUGGGAGACACAGCCUCUCCCGGGCCCUCUCACCAUCCAGCAGACCUGCAUCCCUACACUUUGCUUUUUUCCACCUCCGCACCCCAAAUGAGGCAGCAACUGUGCCACUUCCACACAGGGACUGGACAUCCUCUUCUUAGUGGAGCCGCUCUCCUCUCCAGGGUCCUUCUGCGUCAAGGCCAUGCUGGCCCAGGCAAAGAAGUCUGGUCGAGGAGCCCUCUGA